AUGGAAAAUUCUACAUCUCCCUCCGGAAACAUUUUCCAGAUUACGAGUUUCAACAGCAAAGCCGCUGAGAUUGUGAGGACGGUCCUCGUCAUCCUGACGCUUCUCUGCUUUUGCUUUUUCAUCUACUUCAUCGCAGUGAUACUAAAUGUCUAUUUUACGGCACCUCACGUCAAAGAGAACGCCCGCUAUAUCCUUUUCGCUCACAUGCUAAUCAUCGACACAUUGUAUCUGGUCACUGGUCUUAUUCUGUUACUCUGUGCACUGUACGUAAUAUACAUCCCUGUUCCGAUCUGCUAUACCAUUCUUACUCUGGCAUCUUCGACAUUCCGGAUCACGCCAUACAACUUGGCAGCCAUGGCGCUGGAACGCUACAUAGCCGUCUGUUAUCCCCUAAGACACGUAACAUUCUGCACUCCAUCAAGAUCCAACGUGGCGAUCGCGACUAUGUGUGUAAUAGGACUAAUUCCAAAUGUCGCUGACUUCAUUGUCCUGAGCACAUCCGUUAAUAGAAAGUAUUUUUCUAUUGAUAUAAUUUGUAGCCGGGAUAAUAUGAUAUUUAAUGCAUUGCAAAGGGAUAUAAGGUCCUUUGCAACAAUAAUAAGCUUAACGCUGGUAGCGGUGAUCAUUUUGCUAACGUAUAUCAAGGUCAUGAUGGUUGCUCGCCAGAUCAGCUCUGGAAGUUCUUCUGCUUUCAAGGCUGGUAAAACGGUAAUGCUUCAUGCUUUUCAGCUCCUUUUAUGCAUGACCUCCUUAACAUCAUCGUUUACGGAGCCAUACUUUAAAAACAACGUUAUGUUCUUCGUCAUCGGAAACUUCCUCUUGUUUAUGUGCCUACCAAGGUUUCUCAGUCCUUUAAUCUACGGGAUAAGGGAUGAAGCCUUCAAGCAAUGCUUUAGAAAGCUUUACAACUUUAAGACAUUCAUCAACUUGAAGAUCAAGUCAAGUAAAUGUGAUGUUAUUGCCUCCUAG